GUUGGGUUAUAACUGAACCUAACCAGAGUAAAAGAAAAAGUCGAAUAACUGUAAACGACGUCGUUACGAAACAAACAAGGUGUCUAUAAAAGGAGCCAUAUUGUGGGAGCAGCUUCAUUUCAUUCUUCUUCGACUUCACCAUUACUACUACUCUACUUUCUCUCUCUAUAAUACAUUUUCAGAAGAGAGAGAAACAAAGAUUAAUGGCGGUGUCUCGGAGAUGGGUUUCUGUUUCAGUUGCUGUACUUCUCAUGUUCUGUUUUGCUGGAGUAAUGGCAAGAGUAGUUCGAAUGGAUUCAAGAGAUGAAGAAGGAACAGAGGAGUUGCAGAGCUUAAGUAACUCAACAAUGGCUUCCAGAGAGGAAGAUGUGAAUCAUGAACAUGCAGUGGAAAAUCCAGAUGAAGUUGCUUCCAUGGUUGAAAUGGAAAUUCACAACAGUACUGAGAGGAGAAAACUUGGAUUCUUCUCAUGUGGAACUGGGAACCCAAUUGAUGACUGUUGGCGUUGUGACCCCAAUUGGCAAAAGAACAGGAAGCGUUUAGCUGAUUGUGGUAUUGGUUUUGGUAGAAACGCUGUUGGUGGUCGUGAUGGUCGGUUCUAUGUGGUCACUGAUCCUAAAGAUGAUGACCCUGUUAACCCAAGACCCGGAACUCUUCGCCAUGCUGUUAUCCAAGAAGAGCCUCUUUGGAUUGUGUUCAAGAGAGACAUGGUUAUCCAAUUAAAGCAAGAACUCAUCAUGAACAGUUUCAAAACUAUUGAUGGUCGUGGUGUCAAUGUCCACAUUGCUAAUGGAGCUUGUAUCACCGUUCAAUUUGUUACCAACAUCAUUAUUCAUGGUCUCCAUAUCCAUGACUGUAAACCCACUGGAAACGCCAUGGUUAGGAGCUCACCCUCUCAUUUUGGGUGGAGAACAAUGUCUGAUGGUGAUGCCGUCUCAAUUUUUGGAUCAAGCCACAUUUGGGUUGAUCACAACUCACUUUCUAACUGUGCUGAUGGUCUUGUUGAUGCUGUCAUGGGCUCAACAGCCAUUACCAUUUCCAACAACCACUUCACCCACCACAAUGAGGUUAUGCUAUUGGGACACAGUGAUUCAUACACAAAAGACAAGAUGAUGCAAGUUACCAUUGCCUACAACCAUUUUGGAGAAGGUCUUAUCCAAAGAAUGCCAAGAUGUAGACAUGGAUAUUUCCAUGUGGUGAACAAUGACUACACUCAUUGGGAGAUGUAUGCCAUUGGUGGUAGUGCUAAUCCCACCAUUAAUAGCCAGGGUAACAGAUAUGCUGCUCCAACCAAUCGUUUUGCAAAAGAGGUAACUAAGAGGGUAGAGACAUCUGCUGGUGUCUGGAAAAACUGGAAUUGGAGGUCAGAGGGUGAUCUCCUAUUGAAUGGUGCCUACUUCACCCCAUCUGGUGCAGGAGCCUCAGCAAGCUAUGCUAGAGCCUCAAGCUUGGGAGCCAAAUCUUCUUCUAUGGUUGGAACCAUUACUUCCAAUGCUGGUGCACUUCCUUGCCGUAGAGGUCAUCAAUGCUAGUAGUAGUAGUAAUAGUAUAAUGAUAAUUUGAGUCUUCUCCUUCCUAUUAAAAUGGCCAAAAAAAGAAAAGGGCAUUUUUUUCUUUCUUUCUUUCUUUUUCCUUAUAAUUUUUACAAUUAUAUACCCCCAUUCUCCAUAUCUCUUACCUUUUGAAACCCAAAAAAAGAAAGCAUUUUUAUCCAUAUUUUGACAAGGUGUACAUUAUUAUGUAACACAUGUCAAUAUCAUCAAAAAAUAUUAUAUCCCCCCAUUUGUAUUGCCAGUUUGUGUAUCUGUGUACUACUACUGCUACUACCUCCCCAACCUCGGCCUACUUCAACCCGAAAAAAUUACAACCCCGAAUUUAGGAGUAGGCGCGGAAGCGUUGUUCCCUUUGUUUUUUCUUUCUUUCUUUCUUUCUUCCCAAGUCCAAAACCUACAAAAACUUGUGUGUCCAUUUCUAUCCCAAUUCAAAAACCCAUCUCUCUUUUUUUUUUUACUUUUCUGGUUUUAUAGGAUUUGAAUGAUUUUGUGAUAUCUUUUUUUUGGGUCUUGUUUGUCCAAGUCAUACAAGCAAUAGUAUGAAUGUCAAAGUUGAGUCGUACAAGCUUUUGUUACAGAAUGAUGCAUAGCAAUAGCAAGUGUUUUUUUUUUUUCUUUUUUACUAAAGACUUUUAUUUUCUUUGGCAAUGAAUGAAAAGUAAUAUUUUUUUUUGUUA